GGGAAUUCUGGGAAGCGUAGUCCAGGGCGGGGGGCUUCUGUAGGCUGAGUCGCUUCCGCUCCAGGUACGCGAGGCCGCGGCCUUCGUUCCUCCGCGAAAGGUGCCCGCCUUUCCCUGGGAAAAGGAGGAGAAAAUGAUCAAGUUCCAGGAGCCGGUGAUGUUCAAGGAUGUGGCCGUGGUCUUCAGUGAGGAGGAGCUGGGGCUGCUGGGCCCCACCCAGAGGAAGCUGUACCGAGACGUGAUGCUGGAGAACUUCCGGAACCUGGUCUCUGUGGGGAAUCAGCCCUUCAAACCAGAGCUUAUAUCCCAGUUGGAGAGAGAAGAAAGGCUGUUGGUGAUGGAGACAGAAACCCAGAGAGAUGGGUGUUUAGGAACCAAGAGUCAACAUAAUAUGGAGAGUAGUCAAGCAGUGGGAUUAGGCUACAUUUCCCCCAAAGAGCCUUCUUCCCGGAAGACCUGGCAACAAAGUACAGGCGGGUUAACCAGGUGUCAAGAUGCCAUGAAAAAUUUUCAAAGGAAUAUUUCUCAGUUGCAAAACCCAGGUGCUUUCCCCUGCCAGGUUUGGGCAGGAGUGCCAGUUCAUGUUCCCGAAGAUGAGAACUAUAUAUUGACUCAUAUAGAGGAUGUUUCCAAUUGCAUAAAAAGUCAAGAAUUUCCAUCUUGGAGAACCCAGCAUUCUUGGAGGAAAAUGUAUCUGACAGAGUCACAUAAUUAUCAGUGUAGGUGUCAGCAAAUUUUGAUGAAAAAUAAUUUCUGUAAGUGUGACAGCACCAGUUGGAUCACACCACACAAUGAUAAUCUGGGAGUACACAGAUCAGAAAAAAUUUACAGCUGCCAUGACUGUGGAGAAAACCUCAUGAAGGUUUCACUGCUUAAUCAAGACUUAAUCAAAACGGGGCAAAAGCCCUACUCCUGUAAUGAGUACAGAAAAGCCCUCAGUGACGACUCCAACUCUGAAGUUUAUCAGCAGUUACACUUAGAAGGGAAAACCCAUACCUACAGUCCAUGUGGAAAGGGCUGUAGUUAUAGUUCAGUUCUUCAUAUUCAUCAAAGUGUUCAUAGAAGAGAUGAUUGUGUUUUUGAGAGUUCACCUCUGCAAUCCCAUCAGAGAGUACAUACAGAAGAGAAGCCAUAUAAAUGUGGAUAUGGUGAGAACUUCAGUCAGCCCUCUUCUCUCAACACUUGUGGACUUAUUCACACGGGACAGACGUCCUAUAGAUGCAAUAUUUAUGAGAAAGCCUUCAAUCAUAGCUUAGACCUUAAUAGUAUUUUUAGGAUCCAUACUAAGGAGAAACCCCGUGAAUAUGAGGAGAAUGGGGAUGUCUUUAAUCAGAGUUCUUGUCUCCAAGUCUACCAGAAAAUCCACACUGGAGAGAAACUAUACACAGAUGUAGAAUAUGAGAAGGGUUUUCUUUGUAGCUCAAAUCUUAACAUUCAGCAUAGAGUUCACAUGGAAGAGAUUCCUUAUAGUUCUGAGGAAUGUGGUAAUAACUUCAGUCUGGACUCACAUUUGCAGGACCUUCAGAUAAUCCAUACUAGGGAACAACCAUAUAAACAUUAUGCAUGUGGUAACAGCUUCAGCCAAAAUUCAUAUCUUCAAGGUCAUCAGAAAAUUCACAUCGGAGAGAAAGCUUACAAGGACUGUGGGAAUGGCUUCAGUUGGAGUUCAAAACUUAAAGACCAUCAGAGAGUCCACACUGGAGAGAAACCGUACAAAUGCAAUGCAUGUGGUAAAAGCUUCAGUCAUAGAUCAGUUCUUAAUGUUCACCAGAGAGUCCACACAGGAGAGAAACCUUAUAAAUGUGAGGAGUGUGAUAAAGGAUUCAGUCGGAGUUCAUACCUUCAAGCCCAUCAGAGAGUCCACACUGGAGAAAAACCAUACAAAUGUGAAGAGUGUGGGAAGGGCUUUAGUCGCAAUUCAUACCUUCAAGGCCACCAGAGAGUUCACACUGGAGAAAAACCAUACAAGUGCGAGGAGUGUGGGAAGGGCUUCAGUCGGAGUUCACACCUUCAAGGCCACCAGAGAGUUCACACUGGAGAAAAACCAUUCAAAUGUGAGGAGUGUGGGAAGGGAUUCAGUUGGAGCUUUAAUCUUCAAAUUCAUCAGAGGGUUCAUACAGGAGAGAAACCCUAUAAAUGUGGAGAAUGUGGUAAGGGCUUCAGUAAGGCCUCAACCCUCCUGGCCCACCAGAGAGUCCACACAGGAGAGAAGCCAUACCAAUGUGAUGAGUGUGGUAAGAGCUUCAGUCAGAGAUCUUAUCUUCAAAGCCAUCAGAGUGUCCACACUGGAGAGAGACCAUAUAUAUGUGAGGUAUGUGGGAAGGGCUUCAGUCAGAGAGCAUAUCUUCAAGGUCAUCAAAGAGUCCACACUAGAGUGAAACCAUAUAAAUGUGAGAUGUGUGGGAAGGGUUUUAGUCAGAGUUCACGUCUUGAAGCACAUCGGAGGGUCCACACAGGAGGGAAACCAUACAAAUGUGAGGUAUGCACAAAGGGCUUCAGUGAGAGUUCACGUCUUCAAGCGCAUCAGAGGGUCCACACAGAAGGGAGGCCCUAUAAAUGUGAACAGUGCGGUAAAGGUUUCAGUGGGUUUUCCAGUCUUCAAGCUCAUCACAGAGUCCACACUGGGGAAAAACCAUACAAAUGUGAGGUGUGUGGAAAGGGCUUCAGUCAGAGAUCAAACCUUCAGGCUCAUCAGAGAGUCCACACAGGAGAGAAACCAUACAAAUGUGAUGCGUGUGGUAAGGGUUUCCGUUGGAGCUCAGGUCUACUUAUUCAUCAGAGAGUCCAUAGUGGUGACAAAUUCUAUAAAAGCGAAGAGUAUGGUAAGGAUUAUCCUUCAUCAGAGAAUCCAUACAGAAAUGAAGAUCUAUAAAACCGUUAUAUUUGUUUUGAAGUCCUCAAAUGGGAACUGAAAUUUUCCACUCCCUAGAGUUCUUAUAGUAGACAAAAUUUCUUUCAUGGAAAUGUUUCUGCCCAGCCUCAACAUUCACAAUAGUCAGGAGACCACACUAUGGAGACAUCUAACAAGAGAGUCUCCGUAAGGGGUUUUCUCACAAUUUUAAGAUUCAUUGCACAUGACUUGUACUAGGGCUUAUAAAAGACCAGAGUAACAAAAGUACAGUGAAGAGCGUGCCUAAAUCUAUGUUUACUCUAAUGUAAAGCUUAAUGAGAAAAGGGGCUUCACUUAUUUACUGAGUUUUUAAAACCAUGACAUUGCAUAACUCAGUGUAGGUGCUCAGUACUUUUUACUAAAUGACUAAAAAUGUAUAAAAGUGUCAUGUUUGAAAAUUUUAUUAAGCUUAUUUACCCCAAAAAGAUCAUUUAAAAAUGUAUUUGGAGGAGGAAUCCUGCAAGUAACCUUAACAUAAGCACUUCAAGUGGGAAAAUAUUUGAAAUGUAGAAUAUCAAGCAAUAUUGUCAUCUGAAAUUACAUGAAUUGGGUUGUAACCCUGUUGGGAUUGGUUCCCAUCCUUUGUCUUGUCUUAAACAGGGAUGAGCUGAAUUCUUAUCAUUUGGUCUCUUUCUAUACAGUAUUCCAUCAGCUUAAGUUUAGCGCUGUGUGUUUGUGUGUGUGUGUGUGUGUGUGUGUGUGUGUGUGUGUGUGUGUGUACACAUAUGUGCACUUUAAAUGACAGUACAAAUUGAUAAACAAUGUUUCUGGUUGCACUGCAUUUUACAUAAUUGACUUUUUACUCCUGCCCUGUGUGUUAAGGCAGAGUUUUCCUGUAAUAUUUGCAAAGUGUCAGAAAUGGUUGCUAAUGACAAGUACUUUCUUAAUAAAUGUCAAAAUUAUAAUACUUUGCUUUUUUAGUCUUCACGUUUCUGUCAAAGUUCUUUUGAUUUGAUUUUUGUUUUUAGUCAAAAUUUUUAUUGGAAACUUUUUUUUUUAAUUUAAAUUCAUCUUAGUUAACAUACAGUGUAGUCUUGGCUUCAGGAGUAGAACCCAGUGAUUCAUCUCUUACAUAUGACACUGGUCUGACUGAUUUCCACCUGGAAACUUAGAGUAAUAAUUUAUGAUAAGGCCAUCUUAAUAAUAUAAAGAGAUUUGUACAAUGAGGGUAAUUUUUUAAACUAGAAAUAAAUAGAUAAAUUUCUCUAAGUUUCUAUAAAUAUGGAAUUAUAGAAAGUAAGGAAUUAAUCUAUAAUGAUAGGAAAGAAUUACACAUAUUGUGUCAGUGAAAAUGUGGAUUGUACUUUCAAAAUAUCCAGUUAAGUCUGCAUACAUAUAUGUUCAAAUACGUGUUUCAUAGAUAAUGUGUGAAAGAUUACUCACCAUCAUAUAUACAACAGUUUUCUCUGACAAGCAAAAUUUUGGCAUAGUCUUUUUUUUUUUUUUUGUACUUCAUUUAAAAUUUUUUUUCAAUUAACAUUUACCAAUUUUACCAAAGUAAUAAACUACUGAGCUGUCAUCCUUUAUAUUUAAGAAUCCAUAAUGUGAUUGCUUUAUUUCACUAGAUGGCAUUAUGGCCAAAACUAAAGAAUAAAAUCUGUGAGGUUAAUUUUCAAAAUUCUCUAGGUUUCUAAGGAUACAGAUAAAUGAGGUGUCAGCAACUUUUUCUUACUCUGAAAUUUCUUUAGGUCUCAAAGGCCAUACAGCCUAGAAUGCUCUAGUACAAUUCACUAGUAUUAUAAACUGGUGCAUCAUAAUUUUUCUCAGAUUUCUCCCGUUGGAUGAAUGGGGCGACCAGAGCACUCCCUUACCCUGGCUUUCAAGGUGCUAAGUCAAGUUGCACAGUGUCAGACAUUGGGGCUUCUAAUGCAUUUCUUUACUGUCAUCACUUCCCAGGGAAAAUCAUGAAAGCUCAUGGUGGUUUUAUCAUUUAGGAAGCUUUUAGCUGUAAGUAACAAGAAAUGUAACUUAGAGUUGCUUAGACCAAAAAUAUUUCUCAGCUCAUAUAAAUGAAAAGAUGCAGGCAGGGUAAGAUGUGGGUCUGGGCUUUGUAUUGCUUUUGUUUAACUCUCUCACCUCUGUCCUUUUAUGUGAACUCUUGUCUUUAGAUUGCUCACAAGAUGGCAGUAUCACCUGCUUUUUUUUUUUUUUUUUUUUUUUUUUUGCUCACAGGUGAGGGAAGAGAGCUUCUGUCUCAUUUGUAGUGUUAUGUAGUCCUAGUUCCCCCAAAUACAUAAGAUCUCUGUCCUCUCCAACCCCCACUCAAGACUGAGGCUAAACCAAGACAAUAAAGAAUAUCCUUGUUUCCCAUAAAUAGGCUAGCUUGUUCCUAGAGGCAAGCAGUAGCAGGCUACAUUGGAAAAACAGCAAAAAUAUGGACCGAGAAUGCUGUGGCACAGGUAUACAGAGAUGGCCAAAAGCUGAGGGUGAAGAAGGAACAUUGAGAAAAACCCUCCAACACUCCAGCCCCUACCCGAAGGGCCAGUAAUAUUAGAAAAAUUUGAAGUGGUAUACUAAAGAUAACUAUUUCAACAACAGAAUCUAAUUCCACCUUAACUCCUGGCCAGAUUGGUUCACCCUAACACUUUAGCAGAAUAGCUGUGCCCAGUUCCAGACAAAAAUAACAUUUACUCCAGUUUCUACCAUUUGACACACGUUAUUUGGCAUUCAGUCAAAAAAUUACAUGAUUACAAGAACAAACAACCCUCUCUGCCAAGUAGCAGCAGACCAAUUAAUAAAACCACACAGUGAGAUGCCCAUAUUUUGGAAUAUCAGAAAGUUUUACAUAACUGAGCGAUGUUUUGAGUCCUUUUGUGAAAAGGGCAGACAAUAUACACGAACAGAUGGGGGAACUUGAGUGGAAGUUAAUAAAGAGUGAAAUAGGAAAUGCUAGACAAGAAAAAUUUUAUCAUAAAGGAUGCUUUUGAAGGACUCAUGAGUAGGCUCAACAAAACUGAGGAAAGUGUCAGAGAACUUGAAUAUAGGUCAAUUGAAAUCAUUCAAACUAAAACAGAGUAAAGGACACAGAGCAUCAAAGAACUGCGGGGAAACUUCUUAUGGUCUAAUAUAUGUAUAAUUGGAAAUCUAGGAAGAGAAGAAAGCAAGAAUGAGAAGAGAAAUAUUUGCAGAGAUAAUGGCUGAGAAUUUUCCAUAAAUAGUAGAAGACCAAUUCUAGAUCCAAGAACCUCAGAGUGCUCAAGCAGGAUUUAAAAACAAACAAACAAACAAAAAAA